AUGAAUGGUCGACCGGAAGAGACUUCCAGAAGAACGUUUAAAUCUAUUUUGUUGCCAGCGUCUGAGCAGGACAGGAUUCGGUCCAGAGGUAACCAUCAGACGAAGUGUACGAACCAGAACGUUAAAGCCAACGGUGAAUGCAAUGGAGUUAUCGAUGGAGGAGGAAGGGUAUUCGACAAAGCGAAUGGUCCAACAAGUCCUGGAUACCCAUUAGCCUCCAUCCCUCUAACCGGCUUGAAUGACAGUUCCCGAGACGACAAUGGUCUUCAGAGAAGUAGAGUCCCGUCUGAUGGUCGAUAUUCCACCAAAAGAUGGCAUCAGGUUACUGGACAGCAGGACCGUAGUCAGCAGGGACACAAAAUGGCAGCAGGAGCGACGAUUACGGAGAUGCUGCAACUGGAAGUAAUCCCUGAGCACCUCUCGACCGACAACAAAAAUCAGGAUGCUGAAAAGCCUCAGAAAAAGCCACGUACUCAUCAGCAUUGCCAUCGACAUCAGCACAACCCCCGCCAUCACCAUGACUCCAACCAACACCACUGCCGACGCUGUCAACGCCGGCAUCAACAUCAUCAUCAGUAUCGCAGCCACAAGCAGUCCAGUCAGCACACUGCUCGAAGUAAACAACAAAUUGCGGAGAAUCAUCGACAUGACAGAAGAGAUAACCACGACAAGCAGCAGAGGGAGAACAAGGUGGGACUUGAGCUUAAUUAUAACUUGUGUUUUCCUCAGAGUUCUUGA